AUGGUGGAGAUGCUGCGGAACAGCGGGAACCCGAAGUUUGCCAACUCGAAGUUUGUCAGUUUCAUCGACAAGGUGAGCAAAGGCGAGCUGCAGUUCGAGGAGAACACCGUCGUGGACCGCGACGGCGUGCAGGUCGACUGGGAGGCCCUCUACGACACCGAGGCCGCCACGGCCACCGACGCCGAGAGAAAGGAGCUCGAGCGGCUCUUCGCGGCGGGCGGCGGGCCUGGCCUCGGCGGGCUGCAGGAGGCGUGGCGCGGCGACCCAGACAUGGAGAGCGCGUGGGAGAUGGCGAAGGAGGCGGCAAUGAAGGCGGCGGGCAUGCCCGAGGGGUCCAUGGACGAGCUGUGGCGGCAGAUGCAGGAGGAGGCCGGAGACAUGGGCGAGGAGGCGUUCAUGAUGGACCCUCCCCUGGAGCGCGGCAUGUUCCAAGAGCACGCCUUCAACAGCGCGAAGAAGAUGUCGGCCUACGAGUUCUCCAAGGACAACCAGUACAUGGAGGCCGAGGACCUGCUCGCGCUGGCGCAGCGGCUCAUCCGGGAGGGCAGGGACAGGGAGGCCGUGCUGGUCCUGGAGGCGGAGGCGGCCAACCUGGCUGAUGCUGAAGACUGA